CAAAACCCACUCGCGACAUUACCUCCGUGCCAAUCCCUCACAACCUCCACAACCUCCACGACAUCGCGACCCCCCCAUUCAAGCAUGACGCUAUCUCCCGCCUCUCGCAAGCGCGGCUCCCGCGAGGAUGCCAACGGCAGCAAGACACUCAGAAACGCAACCUCUCCAAAGCGCCCAAGACACUGCUCUAUUCCGAUCGACCGCGCCGUCCCCACGGGCAACAAAGAUCUACUUGCGUACCUCAACAAGCUACAAACUGAUGCCGAUGCGAUGAACGAGACCAUGCGCAAUCUACUGGUGAUGGCGACGGACAAUGACAUCGCUACGGCGGUUGGUGGGCUGGGGACAAUCAAGUGCGCUAUGGGAGAACUUGCUAAAAAUGCUCAAGCGAUUGCAGCGCUGGCUCCGGCCACCAAGGCCUCAGAUUCCUCUGCUACUCCGACUGUCGCUCCCGCCAUAUCCACGGGCGCCACCGCCGCCGCUGCUGCUACUUCCACUUCCUCCGCUACUUCCACGGACGCUUUUUCCUCGCCGCCGCUGAGUGGCACGCAUGCCACCGCAGAGCCUGAUUCUUCGCCUCAGCAGCACAGCGAGCCGCCCAUUGCUACUGCCGGUUCGACGACCAACACAGGAGGAACGGCUUCAACAAAUGCCUCUAAUCACACCACUCCAACAGAUUCCGCACCACUCCCCGCUGCCACUGAGAGUGCUACUAGCGGCACGCCAGCCGGUACCAUCCCGCUCGGCUUCAAGACGAGACGCGGCAAAUCCCCAGAGUCCCCCUCCAGGAAACAGAAGACCGCUCGACCACCCAGCCCUGCCGCCAACAAGACCGGCGCUGGUGUCAAGAAGCGACGCGGCACCUCCCCAGUGCCCCCCUCCAAGAAACGGAAGAGUCCUACUAGCGACACGUCUGCCGGUAUCAUCCCGCUCGGCUUUAAGAAGCGACGCGGCGCAUCCCCAGAGUCCCCCUCCAAGAAACAGAAGACCGCUGAACCGCCCAGCCCUGCCGCCAACAUGACCGGCGCAGGUGUCUUCUCCCCACCUUCCAACAAGCGUGUCCCUGUGGUGCCACAGACACCCUCCAAGAAGCGUAAGACCACCCCGUCUUUCGGCGCCGAGGCCCCGCAGUUCACGACCCCGACCGCUCCCGCCACCGCCAAGCGCAGAUUGUCGACCGUGAACGAGGAAAACCGCAAUGUGCGUAUUUGUGAUACUAGCAAGCGCAUGAAGAGGGCGCACCGCGCUGGGUCGGAGCGGCCGGCGGCCGGAAUGAAGCGCGGAUUCGACGAGGGAGACGACGCGGAGUGUGCCGUGUACAGGGAGGACGUGGGUAUGAAACGCCCGCGCACUGGAUACUUCCAGGAGGGAGACCCGCCCAUGGAGUAUGAGACCUGGUCUGAUGACGAGGACGAGCAGGAGCCGGAGGAGCUUAACAAGGCGCCGGAACAAGAAGAGGAAGAGGUGCUGUAGGCUGGACGAGGAAGGUGUAUGAGUACCGAUCGGUCGGACGAUGUGGUGUUUGUGUACUUGACUUUUGGAUAGAAUAUACCCUUUUUUUUGAAAUUCCUCGGACGCUCGGUGUCUUGACGUGAUAUUCAUCAG